AGCGAACUGGAGCAGAGCAUUCAGGCAGGCUCACCCUCCCAGUCCCCCAAACCGGUUAUUCUAACUACAGUCCCCACAAUCCUCUGAACGCGAAACCACUCGGCUUUCUGCGGCUCGCUUGAUUUUGUCAGCGCUGGUCUGCAGCAGGAAGGGAAAAUGCUGCUUAAAUAAUAAUGUACAAAGCUUUGAAUGUAACGCCGAAUCCACAGCCGCCCGAAUAAUGAGCGCAUUAGAAGAUGACUAGCAUAAUGGCUGUUGAAGCUUUCCACUGCAACCUUAGGCAGAAUGGCAUAGACCACCAGGUGUGCACAGAGGAAGUGACCUCACACCUGGAGGAAGAGUCUGUGCAUCAAAACCCAGGCCUGAAUGACCGAAGCCCCGGCUUCCAUGACCCGAGGGGGAGUCCCAGACAUCAGCAGGUGUCCGAAACUGAUGGCACAAAGCCAGGAACUGUGAAGCUGACCAAACCGGUGGCCCUCUGGACCCAGCAGGACGUAUGCAAGUGGCUGAAAAAGCACUGUCCGCACCAGUAUCAGAUCUACAGCGACUCCUUCAAGCAGCAUGACAUCACAGGCCGGGCUCUCAUGCGCCUGACAGAUAAGAAGCUAGAGCGCAUGGGCAUCAUCCAGGAGGGCCAGCGCCAGUGCAUCCUGCAGCAGGUGCUGCAGCUGCGCGUGCGGGAGGAGGUGCGCAACCUUCAGCUUCUCACGCAAGGGAUGCCCGUUUUACACUCGAUGCCGUCUCUACAUCAGAGGACUGUGUUUGAAAUGUGGGGGUAUCAAUGCUGCCGUUCCUGCCCCCAGUGA